AUGUCCGACAACGCUGUUGAACAGGCUGCUGAGCAACUGCAGAAGACCUACCUUGACGAGGAAACCGGCGAACAGGUUUCCAAGAGCGAACUCAAGAAGCGCCAGAAGGCUCGCGAGGUCGCCAAGAAGAAGGCCGAGAAGGCUGCCGCUCGCCCCGCUCCUGCUGCUUCUGCUUCUAAGCCCAAGGAGGAAGAGCUCACCCCUAACCAGUACUUUGAGAUCCGAAGUCGCCAAAUUCUGGAAUUGAAGAAGUCUAAGGCCCCCUACCCUUACCCCCACAAGUUCCAUGUCUCUGUCACCAUCCCUGAGUUUGUCAAGAAGUACUCUCACUUGACUCGUGGCGAGAAGCUCGAGGAAGAAAAGGUCUCCAUUGCUGGCAGAAUCUUCACCAAGCGUGAGUCUGGUACUCAGCUCAAGUUCUACGUCAUCCACGGUGAGGGUUCUUCUCUCCAGGCCGUUGCCCAGGCCUUUGACGAGGAGAAGCUUGAUGAGAUCCACGAAAUCCUUAGAAGAGGUGACAUUAUUGGUGUCAAUGGUUACCCCUUCCGCACUUCCCCCAAGAAGGGUGGUGAAGGUGAGCUCUCCAUCUUCAUUGAAAAGAUCACUCUUCUUACCCCCUCUCUCCACAUGCUUCCUACCGAGCACUUUGGUUUCAAGGACAUGGAGGCCCGUUUCCGCAUGAGAUACCUCGAUCUUAUCAUGAACAAUUCCACCCGCGACAGAUUUAUUGUUCGUUCUAAGAUUAUUUCCUACAUUCGUCAGUUCUUUGACUCUCGUGACUUCAUUGAGGUUGAGACCCCCAUGAUGAACAUCAUUGCUGGUGGUGCCACCGCUAAGCCCUUCGUCACUCACCACAACGAUCUCAACAUGGAUCUGUUUAUGCGUAUUGCUCCUGAGCUUUAUCUUAAGCAGCUUGUUGUUGGUGGCUUGGAGCGUGUUUACGAGAUUGGCCGUCAGUUUAGAAACGAGGGUAUUGAUAUGACCCACAACCCUGAGUUCACCACCUGUGAGUUUUACCAGGCUUAUGCUGAUGUUUAUGAUCUUAUGGAUACCACUGAGCUUCUCUUCUCCGAGAUGGUCAAGAGCAUCACUGGUGACUACAAGAUCACUUACCACCCUGAUGGCCCCGAGGGUAAGCCUAUGGAGAUUGACUUUAGCCGCCCAUGGAAGCGUCUUGACAUGAUCCCCACCUUGGAGGAGCGCCUCAAUGUCAAGUUCCCUCCUGCUGACACUCUUCACUCCAAGGAGACCAACGAUUUCUUGAAGGAUGUUUUGAAGAAGGCCAACCUUGACUGCACCCCUCCUCUUACCAAUGCCCGCAUGCUUGACAAGCUUGUUGGUGAGUACCUUGAGGACACCUGCAUUAACCCCACCUUUAUCUUUGGUCACCCUGAGAUGAUGUCUCCUCUUGCCAAGUACCACCGUGAGAUUCCUGGUUUGACUGAGAGAUUCGAGGUCUUUGUUGCUACCAAGGAGAUUUGCAAUGCCUACACUGAGUUGAACGAUCCCUUUGACCAGCGUGAACGUUUCGAGGAGCAGGCUAACCAGAAGGCCCAGGGUGACGAUGAGGCCCAGCUUGUUGACGAGACUUUCCUCAAUGCUCUUGAGUAUGGUCUUCCUCCCACUGGUGGUUGGGGCUGCGGUAUUGACCGUCUUACCAUGUUCUUGACUGACUCCAACACCAUCAAGGAGGUUCUUCUCUUCCCCACCAUGAAGCCUGAGGUUAACAAUUAG